CAAAAACUGACUUUAAAGUUUAACCAAAUCUUGGUUUGGUAAAAAGCCUAAGGAUUCGUCUAUUGGAGACAGUGUCAGAAUAGGAAUAGCAUUUUUUAGUUAAAUUGUAAUAUUAUCCUUUGUUAAACCAAAUAAUAUUGCAUAUGACUUGUUUGAAUUUAAAGCAAAUCGUGUUUACUAGACUGGUCAAUAAGAUUCUUUAAAUCACUGCCGAGAAAAUUCCAGGUAUAACUCAAUGUAUGAACAACUUCCAAUCUACGCCCAACAGCACAACCAAAUUACCAUAUUCAAGAGAACUUAAUGAUGAAGAUGAAAAUUAUUUACAUUAGCUUGCUGCGUUGUCAACAUCAUCUCUUAUAGAAAAAGUUAAAGAAAUACAUGACAUUGCCUAUCAGUUGGGAGUUGAGGAGUCAAAAGAAGUGACUCGGAGGAAAUAUUUAAACUUUUUUUACUCUGAAAAAACUAAUAAAUGAAAAUUUGUAUUGUUAUGAACAGUGUUAUUUAUGCCAGCUCUGAAUCCCAUCCAGUACAACACAGUUCAUAAUAAAAUGGAAACAAUAGUUGACAAGGUAUUUCUAGAGGAGUUGAGAAAAGCCGGUGAAGAAGAAGCGGCAAUAGCUCAAGAAAAAGGAGAUGUCGAUUCGACUGGCACGCCAUAUAUAACAGUUAUUGCAGAUGGAGCAUGGUCUAGAACAGCGGUACUCAACCUUUUUUUCUUUCCGGCUAUAUAAAUCUGUUUGUAAUGCUACACAUGCCACCAACAUACUUUUUUUCUCCCCUACUUGAAUUACUCUUUCUAAAAAAAAGUCUCCAACCGAAAAAAAACCUUAGUUUACACUUAACUUUCCUCAUUUCUCAUGCAAAACAAUUUCUAAUAGAAAUGCUUGGAGGGCCACAAAAAAAAAGUUCGAGGGCCGCAUAAAACAGCUUGGACGCGCGGGCCACAGGUUGAGUAUGGCUGGUCUAGAAGAUCAUAUAAGACAAAUUACAACAGUUUAUCUGGGGUAGCUGUUAUUAUUGGAGAAGCCACCAAAAAGGUUCUAUUUAUGGGAGUGAAAAAUAAGUUUUGCACAAUAUGCUUAAAAUUUGAAACUAAAAAUGAACAUGCACCUCAACAUCAGUGUGCCAAAAAUUGGAAAGGUUCAUCGACAUCUAUGGAGAGUGCGAUUAUUCUUGACGUAGCGUUGAGAUGCAUGGAUCGCUAGUUGGUGAUGCAGACAGUAGCAUAACUAAACAAUUGUCUUCACACAAACUUUAUGGAGCCACACCUAUUCAGAAAAUUGAAUGUGUAAACCAUUUACUAAGGAAUUUUUGUAAUAAAUUAAAAGAUUUGUCAAGUCCAUCAAGCCAUCUAAUAAUUCCGUUAAAUUUGAGAAAAAAAUUGGAAUCAAACAUAUUAAGAUUUCGAAUAUCAAUUAAAAAGGCGGCUGCUUUUCGUAUUCAGAUGACUGUACCUCUGGCUGAAAAAAUACCAUUGUUUCAGAAUGACAUUAAAAAUUUUGUGGCCCAUAUAUUCGGUGAGUAUUCCAAUUGCGAAGAAUAUUUUUGCAAAGGAACAAUAGACCAGGAAGAAAAUAUAAUGCCAGAAUUAAUAAGAUGUGGUUUUAUUGAUGAUAUUAUGGCGUGUCUGUAAAGAGUUUUAAAUAAUUCAUAUUAAUUUUUAAUUAAUAAAAAAAAACAAUGCAGCGGAGCAGUUUAAUGGCCUUGUUAACAAAUUUGUUGGAGGGAAAAGGAUUAACUUUUCGUUCAAAGGAUCCUAUUUAACGAGGUGUCAGUUGGCAGCUAUUUUCUAUAAUUCGAAAGAUACCUACCUUCAACAAAUAUGUAGUAAAUGCGUUCGGAGAAGCUAUGGGAGAUUAUAUACAAAAAAUUUUAACAAGAAGAAAACUCAAGCGAAAUAGAACUCAAAAGUAUAAAUGUAAACUGGGAUAUAAACCAAAAUUAAUUAUUUCAAUUGCUGAUAAAGAUUAUAGGGCAGUGGAAGAUGUCGUAAAUGAAGAACAACAGAAUACUCGAAAAGAAAAGCUCCAGAAUAUCUUAAAAAAACAAUGUCAGAUAAAAUUAAUUUAGAAAUAAUCACAUUUAAAUCCGUUAUGGCAUCAGGAACGACAGUAUAGGCUGACUGCAUCUAAUUUUGGAAUGAUUUGUAGAUUGCGAGAAACGACGGAUCGUCUUACAGUAGCAAAGAGAAUGUACAGAACAAGAUUUACUGGUAAUAGAGCUACGCGAUAUGGUCAGGACAAUGAAGCCACAACAAUUCGUGCAUUUGAGGACUUGACAGGUUUAACUGUUAUACCUUAUGGCUUAUUCAUUGGAACUGAAGAAGAAUAUUUCCUAGCUGCUAGUCCAGAUGGUUUAAUUUAAGACGACAACAAUUUUACUAUUGAAGUGAAAUGUCCCUUUGUCCUCAAAUGCUGCUCAAUAGAAAAAGGAGUAGCUGUAAAGAAAAUUACAUUUCUUGUCUAUGAUGAGGAGGGGUUGUUGUAUUUAAAAAACACUCAUCCGUAUUAUUACCAAAUACAAGGGCAGCUACAUCUUUCAGGCAAGGAAUAUUGUUAUUUUAUUGUCUGGUUUCCUUUAGGCCCUAUCCAUGUUAAAGAAAUUUGCAGAGAUGAUGAGUUUUGGAAGAACAAAAUGUCCUAAAAUAUUUUUUUUUAUUACGAUGCUUAUUUAAAAGAAAUAAUUAAAGAUGUUAUAUAACUUCUAUGUGGUUUUUGAAAUUCCUAUUUCCUAUACUAUACC